AUGACUUCUAAGCCUGACUAUAGAGAUGGCUCCAAUGGUGACUCUGCCCCAAAGACAAUCCACUUUUUCAGGAUCAUACACCCUAAAACCCUUUUGGAGGGAAAACUAGUAAGCAUAUAUGUUUCCUUUUUCAAGAUCAUGUCUCUAUCCACUUUUUUUGCUACUCACCGAAAUAAUGCUACAUUCUCAACAUUUAUGCACUUGAUGCUUCCAAUAAAGUUUGUGAGGAGAUAUGGAGAAAGCUUACCAAACACAAUACUUCUCAAGCUUUCAAGCGGUGCAGAAUGGACAGUAAACUUGGAGAAACAUGAUGGUAGAGUUUGGCUUCAAAAUGGUUGGAAAGAAUUUGUGGAGUAUCACAGUCUAGCUUAUGGGCACCUAUUGGUUUUCAGAUAUGAUGGAACAUCCCAUUUUCAUGUACUCAUCUUUGACCCGAGUACCAUGGAAAUUGACUACCCUUUCAAUAUCUUAGAUCCUAAAAGGGCCCGCAAUGGUGAACUUAAAUCAAGUAAGAAACGGAGAACAAAUGGAAAUAGUAACAAAUAUGAGAGUUAUUCCAAUUUGCAGGACACUUCCUUUCAUUCAACAGUCAAAGACUGGAAAGGCAUGGUUCUAGAUUCCAAGUGUUUAUUGAAGAAUCCAAGUGAAAAAAAGAGAAACAUUGACCAGCGUACUGAAAUGUCAUCCAAUACUUCCUUCACAGUGGAAAUAAAAUCAUGGAACUUAAGGAAAUUCAUUGCCUUGCCAAAAGGCUCUCUGAAGGGCUACGUCAAACCUGGUGGACAAAAUGUUACGCUGCUGGUUGGUAACAGAUCAUGGAAGGUUAAUUUGAUCUAUUACCCAAAGAAACCAAGGACUUGCUUCUCUGCACGUUGGUUAAUUUUCGCAAGGGAAAAUGAUUUAAAAGUAGGAGAUGUUUGCUUGUUCGAGCUGUUAGAGUGUAGUGAUGAUGACAUGGUAAUCAAGGUUUCCAUUUCUAAACACUCUUCUGUUAAGCCGUAA